GCGUCAGCGCUGGGCGGGAACGCGCAACGUUUUUUGAAAUUGUCCAAUCACGAGCUCUCUGUGUUGCCCGGAUGUUUCUUUUUCUUUUCUUCGCCCUUUCAGGGGCCGUAUAGUUAUUUUAUUUAAUAAGAAAGCGUGUAAUGAAACUAAUGUCGUAUGCUUAAUGAACUAAAAUUGUUUUACAAAUGGAACACAUCAAAAUGGUAGGUAUUUAAAUCAAAGAAAACACAAGUAUCUCUAUAUUUUGAGUCGUAGCCGUAUUUGCGCCAUAUGUGCAGCCAAGCCGUGUCGUUCAGCGCAAAGAAAAUGGCUGCCGAUGUCAAAAGAACAGCUGUGUGUGUGUGGUCGCCCGUAAUACGUCGCAAUUAGUGCAAGGUGGGGAUGGUUACUGUCGGCUAAGAAGAAUAUUAGACUCUGCGAUCUUUCCGGAAGCCGCGCAAUCUGCUGAACCGAGCAACGCAACGGAGAAGAAAUCCGAAUGACUGUGAAGCGCUACAUAGUCAACAAGAUGCGAUUGAGAACUCACGAAGCAGCGAGUACCGUUUGUUGGGGCACCGCCAGCGCAAAGCGUCACUUCAUGAACGCGGUGCGCUGCAUCGUACGUCGACAGUACUCCGUUGCUCAAGCUACCAUGCCGAUCUGCGAAAGCUGCUGCUGCUUCGAUUUCGAAGCGCCACGGGUGGCGGCAGGGUUGGCGGCGUUGACGGCCGCGUCUUGGACAUCCUUGAGAGGACCGGCGCAGUCGUCACCACCCCGCCAGAGUAUUACCCCGUUCCCGACGUGGAGACUGAGGUCGAGGUGGGAACCUCCCGUGCAGCUACUAGCCGGGGGCCGAGCGACGUUGACCUGCAACCAAUACCCCUCCAGCCACAAGUGCCGCAGCCCGGACCUUCGCAGCCGCAGCCCGGACCUUCGCAGCCGCAGCCCGGACCUUCGCAGCCGCAGCCCGGACCUUCGUAGCCGCAGCCCGGACCUUCGCAGCCGCAGCCUGGACCUUCGCAGCCGCAGCCCGGACCACAGCCUCAACCCCGCCGAAGACAGCCCAGGCAGCUGGAGGAAGCUGUGUGCCGGGCUACGGCUGAGUACGUGCGGCAGGGCCAGUGUGCUGAUGCGAGGGCCGUGGCAGACCGCAAGUUCCACCACAAGAUGUUGGAGCAAAACCGGCGUCAUCACGAGGCCCAGAUGGCCAGCCAAGAACGGCUGGAAAACCAGCUCUGCCGCCUGACCGAAGAGGUGGGCCGGCUGCGCCACGUUCAGCAGCAGCGCCUCGACCAAGAGCGCAGGGCGAAUGACUGUACUCAGCGCCUGCUGCAGCAACUUUUGGAGGCCCUGGCCGGUGGGGCUGCACUAGUCACACGCCCACCUCAGCCUCCUAGCGCCUAAAUUUUAUUGAUAUAUACUGAGUAUGCACAGCGCAAUGAAACGAAGGCAAGAGAAGCACGCAAACGACAUAGACUGGCACUGACUUCCAACUGAA